AUGGCUUUGCUUGCUUUCAUAGCUCUACUACUACGAGCCCACCAGCAGCAGUUGGAAACACUUUGUUUCGUCACAGUUCUUAAGCACAUUUCUCUCGUUUCUGGAGCUCUUACUUGCGAUUUACUCCUCUUGAUACUCUGCCCUGCCUUUGGAUACUUUGUGUUGAUCUUUUGUGGAGCUGUCAUACUUGUGAGGGCACUCCUUGGAUCCUACCAGCAAAUUCUUGGUCGGUUGCUAGAAGUUGCAGCCAUCGCAGCAAUAGCAAGAGACCUGAUCAUGCAUUUUUUCCAUGGAUCAAGUCCGCAGGAGGCUCAUAAUCAGGCAUAUAGCAUGAUUUCUCAAUCAAUUACCAAUGUUUUUACAAAUCACAACUCGACUGAUCAAGGUGGUGGGGAUCACACUACAAUUCAAAUUGUUAGUGUGUAA